AUGGCAAUAUCGUAUAACUGCUUCAGAACCAUUGGAGCUCAUUGUACGCCCAAAGAGGGCGUCGUCGGAUCCCAUAAGUCACCGACUUCCUCGUCGGGGCAGCACCUCGUCCUACCAGAAGCCCCAAAGAUCUUGCGACGAUUCGGGUUUAGGAACUUUGCAGUCGUGAGUAGUGCUCAACUGUACGACAUCAAGCAUCUACGCGUUCUACUGAGGGAUGCUCGAGACUAUGAUAAUAACCACAUGUGGCGCUUCGGCGGCCUGUGGAUCCUCCACGGCGACGGCUCUAUCGAGACAAUCGGUUGUUGGGACGAGUCUCUGACCAAAUACGCCAAGACCAUCUAUAAAGAGUCUGAUGGCCAAUUGACUCGGGUGAUUUUCCGCUCAAGAGAGGGAAGGCAUCCGUUAAUUCCGAGUGAAAUAGUCCGUUACAUUGUUGAUAUUACAACCAGAGUAGUACCGCAUGGAAGCGACCAGGUGGAUCCAGACGAGGAGGAAUGGAAGAAUGUUGCAAAUUGCGACUAUUUGCAGUACUGCAAAAUUUCGUAUUCGAAAAAAAUUACUUGGACAUUUACUGAGGCGUCUGAUAACAUCGAGAACACCUCCACCGGCACGACAGACUACAAUCUGCCACCGCAUAGGGAAUGCAAACUACUGCAAAUAGAGCAGUAG